AUGAAUGCCCCUCCAGCGCUCGGGUACCCGCCUGGCGCGUCGUUGCAACAGCGAGACCAGAUGUCGCCCACAGGCCCUAACUUUGGCUCUAAUAAUCCCUUCCGGAAUCGUACCCUCUCUCCUUCCACAGGCUCAACAUCCGUCAACACUCGCCCGGAACGCCCUCGCUCGACAAAUCCCUUCCUGGACGAUUCGGAAGCCCUGUCACCAUACUCAGCCCCAGGCAUGGCAGGAGGUGCCAACAUUUUCCCUCCGGCCGAGAAGCGUGAUAUGACUACCAACACCCGAGAACUCUUUGAGAAUCUCUCGAUCAACCCGACCCCGCAGGGUCCCCCUUCACAGAUGAAUGGCAGUCGUCCCGGUCCUGACGGCCCUGGUCGUGGCAGCGGCCCUCGACCGAGACCCCCACGAGAGCGCGGAGAGCGACGACCUUCGGAGGCCAGGUCAAAGGACCCUUUUGACAUUUUCGCAGACCCCCCCAACAAAUCCAGGGGCCCCGGUCCGGGUUCGCGGGAAUAUUCGAGUCGGCGCCCUCGCCGCAACUCAGAGUCGUCAGUGAUGGAUCGAGCAUCUCACCUCCUAGACGAUGACGAUGAACGACGUCGACGAGAGCGGCGACGUGAGCGAGAGGCACGUCAUCGGGACGGUCGGGACAGCAAGCCUCGUUCAACCCGCAAAGACCGUCGAUUGGAUAUCAUCGACAAGUUGGACGUGACGAGCAUCUACGGGACCGGAAUGUUCCAUCAUGACGGGCCUUUCGACGCCUGCAAUCCUCACCGCAAUCGCAAGGGUGCGCGCACAGCACCAAUGCAGGCAUUCCCCAAGGACUCUAGCAACAUGGCCUUGGGUGGCGCUGGGCCUCUCAACUCCAACAUUGAUCUCAACCUCUUCCAUGGCCGGAUGGAGGAAGCUCACAAUGACUUCUCGUUCCCUGUCGCUGCUCCAAAGACGGGUGCCGACACCGUCACUUUCGAUCCCGGUGCUCGUGUUGAUCCCGUCCACGGCCAAGAAAGUAUGGGUCUGGGAACCAGCACUUUCUUGGACGGUGCUCCUGCUAGCCGUUCGGCGAUCGCGCGGCGUCAGAGUGACCACGACGACACAGGAUCUGGCGGUCUUCAACGAAAGAAGAGCUUGGCCCAGCGACUUCGUGGCAAGAGCGGCACUGGCCGUCCAUCGCUCUCGUCUCAGACACGAAACGGUCUCCCGUCGCCGAAUCAAGCUCCUAUCAGUUCCAGCCAUUCGGCUUCCUCUCGGGUGGGCGAACGCAACCCAUUUUUCCAGGACUACGAUGAAGAGUAUGACAAGAAGGCCGCACGCAUCCACGAAGCGCGGCUCGAGGACGACAGCGGCCGCGGCCGCUCGUCCAGUAGUCCCAAGCAACCGACCAAUCUGGAGCGCAAGACCACCAAUGAUCGGGGAUACGAUGAGACCAAGUUGAAUGUCGGAGGGGGCGGGUUCAUCAAUCGAAUGAAGAGUUUGCGCAAGCCACGGCCCGUUCGUCGCACCAGCGACUAA